UGGAGGAACAGACAAAGAAUUCGCGGGCUGAAGGUGUGCUGUUUGUAGUCUGGGGCUUUUCCCUCUCGCUGGCUGCAUCUGAAGAAUUUAACUCCCACCAUGUCGACUUCCUUCGUCCAAGCGGAGAAGCUACACCCGACCCCUUUCGAGGUGGAAUAUUUUGACCAGUACGAUUUUUACAGCAUAACGGACAGAUACAGCACACCAGGAGGCUGUUCCCGUAAGGGCCGUUCAAAGCGAGAGGCUGAAGAUCACACAAACCGUCCAAAUCCUGGUGGCCAUGAACGUAAGAUAGUCCUGAAGCUGCAGCGCACAGAGCAGAAACGGAAGGCGACCCCAUCCAAGGAAUGAAAAAUACAGCUCUGAGUCUCGACAUGCUACUCAGGUUCUGGACACAAUGGCAACGUCUAUGUGGAUAUGGAGACAGACGGACGGAUGGAUGCCAGGCAGCAUGGUGGUUACUUAUGUUAAGGAGGCAGAGUCUACCGCACUAGUAACUGGAAGGCAUCAGGAUGGCUGCAGCUCACUCCAAACAUGAGGAAGAGAAACUGUCAAGAUGGCCACUCAUGCCUCAAAAGGCCAACGUAAUGAUGCUUUAUUAGGCUAGGAAUAAAAAGCCAGCCAGUUUUCAUGAAGAAACUCUUCACCUACUUAAAUUAGUGACUCUUACAAACAUUGGGCAGUCCCUGGAAAUGCCUUUGCCUUCCUCCUUGAGCAGGAAGGAGAGGAGGGAGAUAGAUUUGGAAUAGACUUAUUAUGUGUGGAACGAAGGUAUGAUAGAGACCUACACAGGUCAAGAUGGUAGAUGUGAAAUGGAUGCAGGGCAGAGGAGAGGUAAUUAUGGCCUGAAGGCUAUAUCUGGGACUAAAAAAUAAACCCAGUUUCCUACAGGAGACCUUCAGAAGUAUGUGGGAGAGCCAGAUGUAGCCCUCAGGCCAACACAUUCUCUGUGAUCUAGAGAAGAUGCAUGUUGCAGGGCAGCUUGAAAGGCAGUAUUUUCCAAUACUGUGAAAGUCAAAUAUCUUUUUCUAUGUUAAAUAAAAAUGCUCAAUUGUU